CUGACCAUAGUGCCCGUAGUUGUGAGAGUGGGAAGGCACGCGGUUCUGGCGUCGCUUGUGCCUCUUCGUUUGCUUCCCGCUCACUGUCGUCCACCACCCAACCGCACAUCAUGUUGAGUGAAAAUAAGCCAGAAAAUUUCAGCCAAAAACUCAGAAUCCGCAGCAGGCAAGGUCUGGAUGAUUUUGAAGCAGGCUUGCCUAAGAGAAUCGUCAUCGAAGUGGCCAGUGAAGGAAAGGGCGCUUCGAUUUGUGAAGACCGCCUGCUUCCUCAAGCAGCAUCUUUCGUGUCCUCGUCCCAGUCACCACCACUGAAUUCACGCCAAACCUUCCUCCACCCCACCCCAUUUCUUUCAGUCGGAUCCCAUCGAGUUGCCGCGAUGAAUAUUGAAAGAUCCAGCCUUCAUCAUGAAAGCGACCCAAGAACGAAUCCAGCCUUUGUGAGCAUUUCGUCUGAAUAUGAGCUUGCUAGCGACCACGAGCUUGCGUCCUCGCAGCCUGUUUCCCUGAUCCAGCUGUGUACGAAAACAGGCCAUUCAAAAAACAGAGCAAGCAGAAGAGCGAGGACCCUGAAUCUGGGAAGUGCAGAACACAUGAUAGGAAGCCAUGGUAUUCUGACCCAUGACGGAGUCGACAGGCAUGGACGCUUGCCUCUAACCCCCCUUCCGGACUCCUCCAACCCUGCAAAUUAUGGAUUAAGCGACGAAGCUAGGAACCUUAUCAAACAUCCACGAAUGAUAUCAGAAGAGGACCGAUGGUUACAGGAUGGAAGCCGCACUAUAAUUGCUCGCGAGCAGCCGCGGCACCCGAGCCUGAGCGACCACCAUACGCAGCCAAACCCCCUAAACUAUUCCAGGCACUAUAGUAAAUCGCAGGCGAGGGAAAGCGACUACACUUCAGAGAGUCCAUUCUUGAGAAAUUCAGGCUCAUGGGACCCAACAUGCUUGGACGGUACGACUGGUAUUGCGUAUAUCGUGCCAGGCAGACAGAACCCGGGGCCACAACGCAGGGAAUAUAUGCCAGCAUCGUUGCAGAUAUAUAGGGACGACUACGAUCACCCACACGAUAGGUCACCCUACGAGUCGUUCCGCUUGAAACACAUGAAUAAUCGAACCGAUUUACCAGAGAUCAACUCAGGCUUGCAGUAUGGGUUCCCUGCUGAUGCGGAACAUGGAAGGCUCACAAGAAACACGACCAUUCGAUCCGAACCACCUCUUGGGAAACAUUAUCGUGAGCGACUGUCGAACUCCGAACUGGGAACGGCUGCGGUGGUAGUCCAGGAUUCUCACAAUUCGGAAGGCCCAUCCUCGUCCGCAUUCGGGGCAAGACCGUUAAGCGGUACCGGCCUAUCUCAACGUACUCUGAAAGAGAAAAUAUACGAAAUAUUGGAAAACAUAAACACCGAACCCAAAACAGAUUCCAAAUCAUUGUCGACUAAGGAUAAUGCAGGCACAGAACGUGGACCCCCUAGAGUGCAUGGAGAAGAACGGUUGGCUCCAUGUCUGCAAGCUACUUCGCUGCCUUACUACGGGCCAAGUGACAACGACACAGAAGCUAGACAGGUGCCAACAGAUUCCCUGGACUUUGGGUCAGGAAAGGGGCUGGUUGCCUACCAAGAUGCGUUCGACGCAACCAAGAUUUCACAUAUGGGACUUGCUCCGGCGAAUAUCGAGCUCGGUAUGCAAGCUGCUAGUGAGGUUGAAAGACCUUUGAAGAGCUCGCCGAAGAUGAUAAAGCCACCCCCAGGGUUUCACGACGCAGGAGUGCCUACAUUCUUCAAGAAGGGAGCGGAAAGACUCCGAGAAGCUGAUAGAUGGUUUCAUCAAGACACCCGAGGAGAACCACAGUUGCGUCAAUUUAUUUCAAACGUUGGUGAAAACUAUGUUGAUAAAGCCGAGCGUUUCGCGGGUCAAGUAUCUUCGGAAGAGGAACGCGUAUUCGCCAAACGAACCAUCUCGAUCAUGGGAGAUUUGAUCGCUAGUCUUGAAACCUACAAAGCCAACGACCGCAAAAAUGCACGGCAGUAUUUUGCAGAUUUCGGGCCUGUCGAGUCUCACUACUGCGAACCUUCUUCGAAGCAGCGCAGCUAUUUUGAGGAUACCAGUGGAUUUACAGCCGUUGACGACGAGAACAAUUCCACUUGAUUAAUAUUCCCCAGGUCCCGCUUGGCCUUUUCUUUUCUUUUCUUUUUUUUUUUUUUUUUUUUUUUU